CCCCAUCCAGUCCUCCGUCGAAAUGACCCACAGUCCAGAGCCCAGCAAGCGCGAGCACGAGGAGCUGCAGUAUCUCCGGCUCGUCCAGCAGAUCAUCAACGAAGGCGCCCACAGAGCCGAUCGCACGGGCACGGGCACUCUCUCCCUUUUCGCCCCGCCGCAGCUGCGGUUCUCCCUGUCGGAAAACACAUUCCCGCUCCUGACCACCAAGCGGGUCGCCGUGCGUGCUGUCAUCGAGGAGUUGUUUUGGUUCCUCCAGGGCCGGACCGACAGCAACCUGCUUUCCGAGAAGGGCAUCAAGAUCUGGGAUGGCAACGGCUCCCGCGAGUUCCUCGAUCGGGUCGGUCUGGCCCACCGCCGUGUCGGGGACUUGGGCCCUGUCUACGGCUUCCAGUGGAGACACUUUGGCGCCGAAUACAAGACCGCUGACGACGACUACGCCGGCAAGGGCGUCGACCAGCUGCGCGAAGUGAUAUCGGCCAUCCGCAACAACCCCUAUGAUCGCCGCAUCAUCUUGACUGCCUGGAAUCCCGCUGCUCUCAAGGACAUGGCCCUGCCGCCCUGCCACAUGAUGUGCCAGUUCUACGUAUCCACACCAACCGAGCGCGACCCCAUCCCGACGCUUUCCUGCCAGCUUUACCAGCGCUCUUGCGAUAUGGGCCUCGGUGUCCCCUUCAACAUUGCCUCGUAUGCCCUGCUCACAAUCCUGAUUGCCCACGUCACGGGCCUGAAGCCCGGCACCUUUGUCCACUGUCUUGGCGACGCACAUGUCUAUCUGGAUCACGUCGAUGCACUCAAGGAGCAGCUCGCCCGUGUGCCCCGGCCAUUCCCGAAGCUGUACAUCAAGGACCUCAAGAACGAGUAUUCGUCCGUGUCGGAGCAAGAAGAGCUUCUCCGGCGACGACAGCGCUCCGUCGAUGAGAUGCUGGCGGAAAUCGAGAGCUUCACCCUGGAGCAUAUCGAGAUCUUUGGCUACGAGCCGCACAAGAAGAUUGCCAUGAACAUGUCUGUGUGAUUACCGGCGGGCUACACAGGUUCUACCUAAUAAAGAAGCGGCAGCUUCUGACCUGCCCAUGCUGCUGGGCACAUCGGCGCCCCGA